AUGACCUUCACCUCAAGAGUCACGGACAAGAGUUCCGUCAUGUGGUCCAACUUUCAGGAUAAAAUCCGAGACCCGACAUCUCAGCGCCGCCUCGUUCUGGUCAUCGUCUGCAUUGCUCUCCUGCUGGACAACAUGCUGUACAUGGUUAUCGUGCCCAUCAUCCCGCAGUACCUGACUGAAAUGAACCAGCACAAAGAACAGGAGACGCAGUUCUUGUACAAGUAUUAUAACGUCACUGAUGGUACGAAUUACGUAGAGGGCGUCACAGACAGCUACGUAAUGGCCCACAAGCUAAACUCUACGGGAGAGCUGAAGAACGGAGCGUACGUAAACGUACCGGCUGAAGCGGUCUUAGCGACCAACUAUACUAUACAUCUCAAUAAACAUGACAAUCGAAUCUACCUACUGCGUAUUCCUGUGCCUCCCCCGCCUAUAUCGUACGGUGACGAAGGGUUGGCUAUAGGCGUCCUUUUCGCUUCCAAGGCAAUUGUCCAGUUGUUUGUCAACCCUUUUACAGGGGGCUUGAUUGACAGGAUAGGCUAUGACAUUCCCAUGAUGAUUGGUCUGACCAUCAUGUUCCUAUCUACGUCUGUUUUUGCCUUCGGUAAAAGUUACGCUGUUCUAUUCCUGGCCCGAAGUCUUCAGGGACUCGGCUCCGCUUUCGCUGACACUUCUGGACUUGCAAUGAUAGCCGAUCGCUUUACAGAGGAGACCGAGCGAACGAAAGCUCUUGGUAUUGCGCAGGCUUUCAUCUCCUUCGGCUGUCUCUUUGCGCCUCCUUUCGGCGGAAUUCUCUACGAAUUCACGGGUAAGACAGCCCCCUUUAUCAUCCUGGCCCUUGUCUGUCUGGUGGACGGUAUCUUCAUGAUCCUAGUGAUGAAGCCUGUUCGCUUGGAGCGCUCAAUGCUCACUCGCGAAGAGCGCCCAAAAGGCACACCCAUCUACCGUCUGCUUCUUGACCCGUACAUCGCAGUAGCUGCUGGAGCCCUGGCAAUGUCGAACGUCUCCCUGGCUUUCCUGGAGCCCACCAUCUCUCUGUGGAUGAAGCAGACAAUGGGCGCUGAUGAGUGGCAGAUCGGCUUCUCCUGGCUCCCUGCCUUCAUCCCUCACGUUUGCGGUGUUUACAUCACGGUAAUCUUGGCCCGAAAAUAUCCGCACUACCAAUGGCUCAUGGCAUUAAUCGGCCUUACGAUAGAAGGCUGUUUCUGUUUCUUCGUCCCGUUCUCCAAGGAGUUCUUCGUGGUCAUUUUCCCCAUCAUGGGCAUCUGUUUUGGUAUCGCUCUCGUUGACACUGCCCUCCUGCCCACCCUGGGUUACCUGGUCGAUGUCCGCCACGUGAGCGUCUACGGAAGCGUCUACGCUAUCGCCGACAUCUCCUACUCUUUGGCUUACGCCAUCGGCCCUAUAGUUGCCGGAAGCAUUGUGCAGGCCAUUGGCUUCACCUGGCUCAACGUUCUCAUCUUCCUCACCAAUGUGGCAUAUGCCCCACUCCUCUUCAUGCUCAGAAAUAUCUACCUUUACAAGCCCUUCGACAACGACGAUGAGGUGCUCAUCGACGAUCCUCCACCGAAAGGCUACAACACUUACAUCCAGAACGGAGGUCUCAACGGAAAGCCGGAGGCGCUGGGUAACGGAGGUGAUAACUUUGCCAACCAUCUCAAAAUAAGUAAUAAGAAGAGCAACGAAAUAGAUUGUUACCCCCCUCCCACAGAACCGGAGUAUGUGUACAGUAAAGAACCCUACAACUUCUACAAUCAGUUCCACUGA